AUGGAUAUGCUGAAGAUCACCUCCAUCUCCACCAUCCUGGGAGCUCUAGGAGUGAUGGGGUCCAUCUUUGGGACCAAGUGCUGUAACUGCAUCAAGAGUAACAGGACCAGGGUCAAGGCCAGGUUCAUCGUUGGAAUAUUCUUCAUCCUGGCAGGUAUCCUGCAGCUCACCACUAUCUUAUUUUUCUAUUAAUUGACACAGAAUAUUCCAGAAUACCGGUGGGAGGUUUUGUUCUUUUCCACUGAAUUCUGUAGAUGGUCCGCCUCCAUGCUCCUGAUAGGAGGGACCAUACUCUGCUGCAGCACCUUGAAGAGGAAGAACCCAGACUCAACAACGACUAAAUCAACCUCCCACUAA